GGCAAGUACCCACAGAAAGCCCCGUUUGAGUCACGUGGGCCAAUUAGAAGUGGCCGCAGUCAGCACAUGCGCAGUACACGUGCAAGUGUUGUCCCAUAAUAGCUGCGAGCUCAGCAUAUUUGCUGCAGUGACUGCAUAUUUCUCCAACCAACAGCUUCAGGUUGGUGCUCAGUAUACUCUAAAGAGCUAAGGGGAAGAGUGCCCCAAUUUGUUAAGCGAGGGAAGGCGCGCGACCCCACUGCUGGAUCCAGAUUUAGACAGUGAUUAUAUCCUGCAGAAGAGUCAGCCAUGGCUGCUGCCCUUGUUGCCACAUCCACCACCAAAGGCAGCCUGAGAGAGGACCUGACAUGUGCCAUAUGCUGUGACUUGUUCCGGGAACCUGUCAUGUUGGCCUGUAUGCACCACUUCUGCAAAACAUGCAUCUCUAGGUACUGGAGAGGAACCCAUGGGCCUGUAACCUGCCCACAGUGCAGGAGGGAGUUCAGCUCCAAGCAGUUUCAGACCAACUACCUAGUGGCUGCCAUGGUUGAGAAGGUCAGGGCCACCACCUCGGACACUUGCAUUCAGAACCUCCAGAAACAACUGAGAGAGACUUUGGAGGGCCAUCGCCUUAGGAGGGACGACUACAUCAGCAGUAUUCACCGAGACAAAGACAAGAUGGAUACCAUAAAGAGAGUCGGAGCAGAUCUCCAUGCUCAUGUCAAAGGUGAAUUCAGAGCACUCCAUCAGAUCCUGCACGAUGAGGAGACCUGUAUGCUGGAACAGAUGAGGAGAGAGCAGCAGGAGGAGUUGGAGGAAAUCCAGCGCCACCUGGAGGCCACUCAGGCAGCCGUGAGGGAGCUUGAGGAGAACAUGAGAGCGCUACAGCAGGCUAGUGCUCCCACUGAGAACAUGGUGCUGACUGAGCUCCCACAGCUAAGGCCACUUGUGCUGGUGGAUCGUGCCCCAGAGUUUGAUAUAAAUGCUUUCAUCAACAAAUACAUGGCUCCAUUACAGUAUAUCACAUGGAGAAAGAUGUUCAAGUCAUUGAAGCCUGGUCCUGCCCCAUUAACGUUUGAUGUCGAGACAGCGCACCCAAGCAUUAGCAUUUCCAGUGACAAGACCAUGGCGGUCGAAUGUGACAACAUGACAUCACAUACGGAAAACGACAAGCGUUUCCUUCAGUGUGUUAAUGUUCUGGCUGCUCAGGGCUUCCAGUCAGGCCGACACUAUUGGGAAGUAGAAGUGGGCUCCAAACCCAAGUGGGACAUAGGUGUGGCUUCUGAGGCUGUCAACAGGCAUUCACGGAUCAAGCUGAGCCCCGACAGCGGCUUCUGGACGCUGCGGCUGCGAAAUGGGAAUGAGUACUCGGCCGGCACCCAGCCCUGGACCGGGCUGCAGCUCAGCUCUUCCCCACAGAGAGUCGGGGUCUUCUUAGACUGCGAGGAGAGGAGGGUGUCCUUCUACAAUGCCGACGAUAUGAGUCUGCUCUACUUGUUCACCAACGGGCCGAUGGGCAAGGUGUACCCCUUCUUCAGCCCGUGCAUUAGUGGCAGCAGCCAGAAGCCUCAGCCCAUCAAACUCCUCCACUACCCUCCUGUUGCUCUGUCUGACUAACCUGACUGCAGUCAAUCAGAGCUCUUCAGCAUGUCCAUUCACCUACUGACCAAAGGCUGUUAGAACUCAACUAGUAAAAGACAGCGCUGACAUUGUUGCACUGUCAUAUCACAAGAGUUGAAAAGUUCAGUCAGUUCUUGUUUUCCAGUCCAUCAUGUGUGUAUAUCACUAGAUGUUUCUAUGUUCAAUCUGAGAUGAACCUUAAAAGCUUUGGAAUAUUAUGAAAAUCACCCUCCCGAUCAUUUUUUUAAAAAUUCCAUUGUACUAUAAUCGCUCUGAAGAGGCUCGUUCACUUUGCAAUCAGGAGACAAAGAACCACUUCUCAGCCAUUUUUGGUUGAGUAGUGUUCAGCACAGAAGCAUCAAAUUACAUUUUAGGAUACACUGGUUCUACACUGUGCAUCCAUAUAUCUAUAAUAGAUGUAGAUAGUUGACCUUUCAAAUGAUAAUCUGAAUAAUCAUCUCAUCAAGUCAGACUGUCUGUAGGCUCACAUGUAAAAGGGAUUUUUAGGGACCAUUGAGUUUAAUCAAUAUGAAGGAAUCAUGCAGUUUUGUCUGAGAUUUUCUAUUUGAUUAAAAGGUUUUUAUAUUUUAGGAGUUGCAAAUUAAACUUUUCCUGUUCACUUUUAUUUUAGAUGCCUGCUCUCAUUCCAUGUAACUUCACAGCACCUUAUGAGUGCUCUGACUUGUAGCAGCUCCUAUUGAUUACAUUCAUUUAUAGACAUUUAUCUGCAUGCGCCUAAAUUUGAACCUGUGGUAUAAUGGGCUCAAUUGUUAAUGUGUUAUGGCUCAAGGAAAUACUAAAAUGUUGACUGGUUUAGUCUGAAAUAUAUGUCGCACGGUUGUCAUUGCAUGUUGAUUACAAUUUAAACAUUUCUGGAUAUAAACCUGUACUGUUACUGUGAAAAUGCUGAACAAAUAAUAAACCAAGUAUCAUUUUCUUU